GGUCGUACGGUGAAUUUUCGAUAUUCGAUUACACUGAUCAGAAAGUAGAAAGCUGUUCUAAUAGCGAUAUAAUAUUACACGUGAAUACUAAAGAAGAAUAAGGAUGAAUAGUGUGAAAUUUAAGAAGGAAUUUCUUGAUUGGGUUUUUCUCUGGGCCUCAAAAGAGACUCCAAAGGACCCAGAAGACGUCAAUCAGAUCGAGCUAGAAAAACUUCUUUUCAGAAUUGGUUACAAUUUUCAAGUGGAUAAUAAUAAUUCUAAAAAGAAAAUGUUAGAUUGUAAUAGCGAUCAUUUUAUAAGUGGAAUGAUACAAAUGUAUUCGCCACCGGAUUUAAAAUAUGGCGAAGAACUUCAGAAUGAAAUUAUGAAUAACAAUACAUUUCAUGAAAUACAAGAUGAUGUUUCGAUUGCAAUAAAGGAAUUAUUAAAUGCAAUUAUUCAAUUGGCAAAGGGAGAGCUUGAAAAUUCAACAAUGAGAACACCUGCAAUUGGUAUAAUUGUUACAACUCCAGAUGCACCAGACAUACCAAAAAUGUUUCCAGUUUCUCCCGAUAACAAUAGAAAAAUGCCUAGCAGGUUGGAGUAUCAAAUGUAUAGAUCAUUGGAUACACUGACUGCAUCUACGAGUAAAGGCGACUCGCAUGAUUUUCCUGAUCCCGGUCAAUUGACACCAAAGAGUGAAACACAAAUGGAUGUAGGCAAUGAAGACGCCAAUACAAAGUCCAGUGAAAAGAAGUUCAUUUCACGAUCGAGUCCUGCUGUUAAUUCUGAUGCGUUGCAAAGAUCAGACACAUUCACAAUGGAUAAUAAAAUCACUUAUGACUGGAAAUUGCGAGAACCUUUCAUGAAUAAUAAAGAUGUUUUGCAAAAUCUAUACGAGAUCCAAAAUAUCACUGCUAAUACCAUAUCGUUACUUCACGGUGACAGUAUGACAAGUACUGGUAGCGAGUCGAGUACUUUAAAGGCAUUCGAAGAGACUAUAAGGCCCAUCCGGCGAUUAUCUGCCAUUGGACACAUCCCUGGGCUAUCUCGAGUUUCAAACGUGGUGCGAUCUAUACCGCGUCCAAAAAUUCGAAGAUCGAUAACCAUGGGUGCACCGAUAACACCAACGUCUUCAAAGUCUUCUUCAGGAAACACUCGAGGAUCUGCUUCCAAUAAAAAAUUAAUAUCUACAUCAUCUCUACAGCCGAGCUCUAAGAGAAGAGAAAUAUCACCUAAUGAGCCAAAAGACAGAAGAGAAAACUCAUUAGUUUCAUCAGGUUUUUCAUCAUUUUCUAGUAAUACAUCACCAUCUCUAUCCAGUACUCUUGUUGGCGUGAAAAAAAAUCCAAAAUACGCUCAUAUUCAAAGUACAAUACCAAAGACUAAGUCAGUUCCUAGUAAAAAAUAAGAUGAUAUGAUUUAUAAAUAGAUAUUGAAUAUCUUUCCACUGUUAUACAAAGUUUGUUUAAUAGUGAAACAAUAAACUAACAUGCAAAAGAGAUCAGAUUAA